AUGGAGGACGAGGAGAAGGCAAUGGAGAUCUUGGUGAGCAACCCGGAGGCUGCUCCUUCUCCAUCGCCCAUGUACUGCUGCUGGCUCCGCCUCCGCUACGUGGCAGCUACUAGCAUUAUCUGUGGUUGUUCUUGUCUGGGAGUCAUGGCUCUUGUGUUUGCCAUCAAGGCAGAAGAGCGGCAUAAGGCAGGCCGGUCCCUGGAGGCAGUCCACUGGGGGCGCCGGGCCCGGAGGUUCAUCCUGGCUAGCUUUGCGGUCUGGCUCAGCGUCCUUGUUCUGGGACCCCUGCUGCUGUGGCUGCUGUCCUACACCAUCGCCCAAGCUGAGUGA